AUGGCAUUCUCACACCUGCUCGCUAACUACCGCUGGGGCCCGUUUUGGAAGCCGUUACUGCGAACAUCCAUGUCCGAAGCGUCCACGCCAGCCGAAAGGGCCCAUUAUCGAGCCUGUCUGGCUACUGCUCUUGCCUUUAUGGGGAAAGCCGUAAAUGAGCCGAAGAUGCUUUCAGAUGGGUACGAGAUGAAUGGCGAGGUCAUCAGAGGCUUGCAUGGGGCUCUGCUUCAACAGUCGAAGUCGGAGAUGGCGCGCUGGGCUUUUACGAUCAUAGUACUGUGCAUGUAUCAAUAUGCCGUUGAAGGGAAUGCCAAUCUUCCCCACUACUAUGGUGUUGUCCGGGUCAUCGAGUAUUGCGGGCCAGAGUACUUCCAGCAGGAGCCCAUGUUGACAAUUUACCGCCAGAUUAGGGCUCAGCAUGUAAGUGUCACAUAUUACGAUAUAUCUGUUGAAAGAAACUUGGAAACCCCCCACAAAACCCGGCGCAAGCUCACGAGGUCAUAUGAUGGCCAGUCCUGCAGUUCCUUCAACAACAAGAAACCCUCCUUCUUCAACAUAGAGAAAUGGAAGACUAUCCCUUGGAUGAAAACUCGCAAGACUUCGUACGACAUCUUGAUAGAUCUGUACAUCGAACUACCGGGCUUGGGGGCCUCGCUGGGUCCAUCUUCUGCUACUCUCUCAGAGGACGACAAAAUCGAGGUAGAAAUGGGGACUCGAGCUCUGCUCGCACGGUUCUACGAGUGGCGAAGGAAUUGGGAGCUUGCCAACCCUCAAGCGGCAGCAGAAGUGUGGCUUCCAAUAACUGCAGACGACGUACCACAGGCUUGGGUGAAGGAUCUUUUGUCGAAAGCGUUGGAGGUUCAGACGGCGGAUCAGGUGACCGAUCUCUUGGUCUAUAACUCUGCCUUGAUUUACCUCAUGCAUAUGCUUUACGCUCUGCGGACGGGUGACCGUCGGCCGCAGCCCUUCCCAAUGGAUAUGGACGCCACUGUGCAAAAGACCGCUAGAGACCCGCUUUACAUACCGGACGAGUUGAAGUAUCAAUGGCAGCCAGCAAUCGAGGCGUUGAGGCUGAUGCGGCUUGCUCCAGGAUUGUUGUCUAUCAGCGACUGCUCAGUCAUGGUCCCUGUCUCGCCCAUCGGCAUCAUCUACAACUCUCUGCUUGGGAACGAGGGGCUUGGACGUGUACUGUUGUCCACAAUGAAUAAUCCCGAGGAUUAUGAAAUGGCGGGUCUUGAGCUUUCUGUCUUUCGCAUCCCAGAGUAG